CAGACUCGGACACACAACACCUCUCCUCCCUCAGAAGAGAGCAGACUCCUACUGAAGCUAACCUCUAGCUUGGACCGACGACCAGACCGACGCUCUGACAGAGACAACCGAGAACGACAGGAGCGACUCGACCCGACAAGGAAGCCGCAUCCACAUUCCGACCUUCUGAAGGAAGAGCCUUUAAGACAAUUAAAAAGACCCAGAGACAUUUCUUUUGUGACACUUUGAAACUUUCAAAAGAAGAAAAGCAAGCCAGCGAAAAUGUCUUGUGGAAUGAGCAACAUGAUGGUGAUGUCCUGCGUGUGGCUGGCUCUGUGCUACCUGGCUGCUGCCCAGGAGUGCCCUGCCCAGUGCAGUUGCCCCAACGUACCCCCCCAGUGCCCCCCAGGGGUGAGCACAGUCCUGGAUGGAUGUGGCUGCUGCAGGGUGUGUGCUAAGCAGCUGGGAGAGCUGUGUACCGACAGGGACAUGUGCGACCCCCACAGAGGACUGGACUGUGACUUUGGCUCCCCGGUCAACCGCAGGAUCGGAGUCUGCACUGCUAAGGAAGGAGCCACCUGUGUGUUUGGUGGGAUGGUCUACAAGAGCGGCGAGUCCUUCCAGAGCAGCUGCAAGUACCAGUGCACAUGCCUAGAUGGCGCCGUGGGCUGUGUGCCUCUGUGCAGCAUGGACAUCCGUCUGCCCAGCCCCGACUGCCCCAUGCCCCGCAGGGUGAAGGUGCCAGGGAAGUGCUGUGAGGAGUGGGUGUGCGACGCCCCCUUCAGGCAGACCUUCGUUGGUUCCGCUCUCGCCGCGUACCGCGAGGAGGAGACCUAUGGUCCCGACCCAUCCAUGAUGAGGGAGAACUGCCUGGUCCAGACCACUGAGUGGAGUGCAUGCUCCAAGAUCUGCGGCCUCGGCAUCUCCACUCGUGUUACCAAUGACAACCGGGAAUGCCGUCUGGAGAAGCAGAGCCGCCUUUGCAUGGUCCGACCCUGCGAGUCCCACAUGGAGCAGAGCAUCAGGAAAGGGAAGAAGUGCAUCCGAACCCCUCGGGUCUCCAAACCCAUGAAGUUCGAGAUCUCGGGCUGCACCACCACCAAGUCCUACCGGCCCAAGUUCUGCGGCGUGUGCACGGACGGGCGCUGCUGCACGGCCCACAGAACCACCACCCUGCCCAUGGAGUUCAAGUGCCCCGACGGCCAGGUGAUGAAGAAGCACAUGAUGUUCAUCAAGUCCUGCGCCUGCCACUACAACUGCCCUGGAGAGAACGACGUGUUUGAGUCCAUGUACUACAAGAAGAUGAUAGGGGACAUGGCAUGAAGAACUGAGGAGAGCUUGGAAGGCCCCCCACCACGCAGACCCUCCCCAACCCCAACCUAGACUUCUAACUUGAAUCUCCCUGAAACAGAUAUCCAUCUCAUCUUACACAGCACAACGUUUUUUUUUUCUUCUUCCGUUUUUCUUUGUGCCAUACUUUCAUGGCUUGUAUUUUCAAUGUUUGUGUGUGUGUGUGUGUGUGUGUGAGAGAGAGAAAGAGCGAUUGAGAGAGGAAGAGAGAUGAAAGAGAGAGAGCGAAGAAGAGGUGAGCGACAAUGGCUCAGUUGCUCUACAGAGAAUCCUGCACUAAUAGCUGUACGCUGACAAACUAUGUCUUAGCAAGAUGGCCGUCCCCUCCAUCCGCCCUCCUCCCUUCGGAGGACCCCACAGUCCUCACACAAGGCCGUUGUCCAACUCCCAGACCCUAUCGUGUGAGUGGUUAAAGGUAACUGUAAUGACCCCACCCACCAGGGUUCUGGGUGAAUGUGUGCCUGUGUGAGUCACUGCCCCCCCCCCCCCUUCCUAACCCCCCUCCAGACACAGAGCAUAGUGAGCAUGCUUUCAGGGUUUGCAACAGCACUGAGAAAAGACCGUCCUGUUUGUUUGACUAACCGAUCUCAGUUGGAGUCGGUAUUUGUGUCAAAAAACUAAGACUGGAUGAUUUGAAGUUUCAUUCCUUUAUUUUGUAUUAGCAAUGCUGUAAAUUUUGUAUCAUUUUGUACAGUUGUUUAAGUUAAUUUAAAAGUUUAAGUGUUUUUUGUUGAUUGUUAUUUUCUGCUUCAAAGUUUAUGAAUAGCUUAUCUGUUCCUGUAACAAAAUUUGUAUUAUUUUAUUGAGAAGUGUGACCAAAAGAUCACAUGUUUUACCUUUUAUAGUUUUAAUAAAAUAUUAUAUUUUU